AUGGAAGGCUCGGAAGUUGGCACAACUGACAAUUCACAUACUACUCUGCCUGUUCAACCAGAUAGUGACGUGAAGGAGGAAACUGCCGUGCCUGAGUUUCCUUCAGAUGGAGUUGACCAGUACAAUGGCUUUGGGGAUAGUAACAACAUAACACUGCUACACAAAAUAUUGAACCAAACUACCUCUAUUGAUGAUAUUUUGGCACAGAGCAGAAAAGGAUUUAAAAAGUCAAACACCUCGCAGGAGCCGAAACUGGUAAAGAGGAACGCUAAAAUUGACGUCAGGAUAGAUCAGCCCAAAUCUUUGGUAGGAACCGCAAAACCAUACCAGUUGGAAGGUUUGAGAUGGCUUGUAGGACUACACAAUAAGGGAUUGAAUGGUAUUCUCGCGGAUGAAAUGGGACUGGGAAAAACGUUCCAGACUAUUAGUCUAAUGGCAUACUUAAAGGAGUCGUGUGGAAUCGAUGGUCCACACUUGGUUUUAGCUCCAAAGUCGACAAUUGGCAAUUGGAUAAACGAAAUUAACCGUUUUUGUCCAUCCCUUCGAGUAUUGAAAUUUAUAGGGAACAAGGAAGAACGCGCCUAUCUCAUAAACAACGAGCUCGAUCAAGAUAAAUACGACGUUAUAGUUACAUCUUAUGAAACGUGUUGUAAAACUAAGCGAGCAUUGUGUAAACUAGAUUGGAAGUAUAUCAUUAUUGAUGAGGCCCAUCGUAUAAAGAAUGAAGAAUCCAAAUUGAGUGAGGUUGUUAGAAUGUUUCAGACAGAAUAUCGACUUUUGAUCACAGGAACUCCUCUGCAAAAUAAUCUAAAAGAGUUGUGGGCACUUCUCAACUUUUUAUUUCCUGAGGUGUUUGCAUCUUCUGAAGAGUUUGAGCAGGUGUUUGAUUUGGUUGGACCAAAGGAACUCACACAAGCUGAAAGAGAGUCUAGAAAUUUGCAGAUUAUAGCAAGAUUGCAUGAGAUUUUGCGUCCGUUUAUGCUUCGCCGCUCCAAAAAGGACGUUUUAACAGAAAUGCCACCGAAGAAUGAGCUUUUGCUCAUGGUACCUUUAUCUGCUAUGCAAAAACAGCUUUAUAGAGAUCUUUUGAGAAAAAAUGUCCCUGAACUUGGUGCUGAAGAUAAUACAAAAUCGGGGCUUCAGGUUCAACUACUGAAUUUAGCUAUGCAGUUGAGAAAAGCUUGUAAUCAUCCCUACCUCUUUGAUGGAUAUGAAGAUCGUAAUGAUGAUCCAUUUGGGGAGCACUUGGUUGAAAAUGCAGGGAAACUCAAUUUGGUGGAUAAACUUCUUCACAGGCUUUUAAAAAGCAAUUCUAGAAUACUUAUAUUUUCCCAAAUGGCUAGGAUGUUGGACAUUCUAGAGGAUUAUUGUAGAAUGCGUGGGUAUCUUUACUUUAGAAUAGAUGGCAAUACAUCUAGUGAGGACAGAGAUCAUCAGAUUUCCUCCUUUAACGCGCCAGAUAGUGAAGUUAGCAUAUUUUUGCUCUCUACAAGGGCAGGUGGUCUAGGUAUCAACCUUGCUACAGCUGAUGUUGUAAUUCUCUAUGACAGCGAUUGGAACCCCCAGGUAGAUCUUCAGGCCAUUGAUAGAGCACACAGAAUUGGUCAGCUGAAGCCAGUUCAUGUCUACAGGCUUGUGCACGAAUACACAAUUGAAGAAAAAAUUAUAGAGAGAGCUACUCUAAAGCUACAGUUGGAUAGUGCUGUAAUUCAGCAUGGUCGUUUAGCACAAAAAGAAUUGCUUGCUAUGGUACAAUAUGGUGCCAGUCACAUUUUCAAGGCCGGUGAUAAAGCCAUUACGGAUGCUGAUUUGGAUGUUAUUCUUAGUAAGGGGCAAGAAAGGGCAAAUAUGCUCAACAACAAACUUAUAACACAAACUAAAAAAGGUCUCUUGGAUUUUUCAACAACCACAAACUCUCAAAACAUGUAUCAAUAUCCUAAUAACAGCAUCGAGGAUGCAGAUGAAAUGGACAAACAGGAAUGGUCAAAACUCGAGGCUUUAAGGACACAGAAUGAUAAUCUCAUUGAAAGAGAAAGUAGAAGAAAACUGAGGAUUGCUAAAGAACAGAUGGAACUCUAUCAAAGCACGAGACAUUUGGAUAAAUCCAUCAUUCCUCCAGAAUUUCAGUUCUUUGACAAUGCACAAAUUAUAAAGUUGCACCAAGAAGAAAAUGAACUUGGAGCAUUAAGUGAAGAAAAACAACUCUUGAAAGAAAAGCUUCUUAGCGAGGGAUUCCCAAAUUGGUCAAAGAGGGACUUUAAUAAUUUUGUAAAGGCUUGUACAGCGCACAGUCGUUAUGACAUCAAGUCUAUUGCUGCAACGCUAGAGAGCAAGACAUUUGCAGAGGUGGAAGCUUACAGUAAGGUCUUUUGGGAAAAGUAUACCACAUUGCCUGAUUGGUCAAAACACAUUAAAAAGAUCGAGGCGGGUGAAGAAAACCUGCUUCGUUUACAUCAACAACAUCAGGUAAUUGCAAAUAAACAAAAGCAACUCAAGAAUCCAUGGGUUGGCACUGACCAGCUAUUUUCAUCUCAUCGUGGGAAAUCCACCUUUACCGAAGAUGAGGACCGUUGGUUAUUGAACAUCAUUGCCCUUUUCGGUUAUGACAAGUGGAGAUGUAUAAAUGAGUUGACUAAACUUGAUCCGAGAUUUCAGUUGGACAUGUUUCUCAAGACCAGAAAUACCUUGGAUUUGGCAAAACGUGCAGAUUACAUUAUAAAGCACAUUGCAAAGGAAAACUCCAAACCAAGUGGAGGUGAGAAGGUCAAAAGGGUAAAGAAGGAACCCGUCAGUUUUUAA